GGCACUACAGCUAAUACAGAUAAUUCACCGAAGAAGAAGAAGAACACGGAAGCGUCUCAAUCUGCACCACUGUAUAUAUAUUAGUUUUAUUUUUCUCACACGAAAUGUGUACUGGUUGUGUGCAGAAACAGUAUCCUGACAGGGGUCAUACCUGUCUGGAGAAUGGUUCAUAUCUUAUGAACUUCCUCGGCUGUGCUAACUGUCACCAGCGUGACUUUGUGCUGAUCAGCGACAGGACCAUGGUGAAUGAAGAUGAGGAGGAGAUUGUCACUUACCUGCAUAUGUGUAAGAACUGUGAUCAUGUCAUAGCCAGACACGAGUACACCUUCACUGUAGUGGAUGACUAUCAGGAAUACACAAUGUUGUGCAUGUUGUGUGGAAAAGCAGAGGAUUCCAUCAGUGUGCUGCCGGACGAUCCCAGACAAACAGCGCCUCUGUUCUAGAGUAUUUGACCAGACAGAGAGACAAGGAAUUUACUUCUUUUUUUAAAGAGUAUGGUUAUGAAUGAUGGUGGGAGCCAUAACACAUGCAACAUUUAUAUAUGCUUAGCACUGGAGAACGACAUGCUGUCACGUUUAAUCCAGAAGAUUACACCGCAGAAUUCAUUGUGCUCUUUGUUUCUACUGCUUCAGGGGGGGCUCUAAGGUUCACAGCACACUGAGCACAGCUCUGACUCAUAAAGAUACAUGCAUUUGAGUCAUUCAGAAAUAUUAAACCUAAUUAGGAAUCGCUUGUGUUUAUCUGAUGAUCAUCUUAUGUUUGAUUCACUCAGUGUAUGGAACCCCGUUUCUACCAAACAGAAAAAAUAAAUAAAAACAAUUACAAAUUUUUAUCUCUCAGUUCAGACUUUUUAUUACAAUUUUGCGAAAAUAAAAGUCAGAACUGUGAGAUGUAAACCCUAAUUUCAAGAGUUAUAUGUUAUAUGUUAUAAAAAAGAUGGUUAUUCUGACUUUUUAUGUCACAAUUCUGAUGUUUUUUCCAAAUUGUAAGAUAAAAACUUGCAGUUACCUUGUCUAUUUCAUUCCGUGGCAGAAACAAGCUUCCAUAAAAGUGUUAUUUUUUAUCCCAUGUUAAAAUGCUGUGUGCAUAAUGCUCUGUUGCCAAUUCUGAGUCUGCAGUAGAAAUGUCUGUUUGACUAAGGUUAGGUUUGAGUGGAUUAUCAGUUUGUUAACCACAGACAGGUUUUUGGUUUCUAUGCAGCGCUUAGAUAUACAUAAGUCAAGAUUGGAUUAGACAGAUAAAAUAUGUUUAAAAUGGUACUCAUGGAAAUAAACCGAUUCCUGCUUGUUACUACUGAUACUUUCAUUUAAAGUAAAUAUGUCUUACGGUAUUUCCAGUGUGAAAACAAAUUAUUUUGUAUGCUUUAAAUAAAAUAUGAAACGAU